CCUCAUUGUCUUCCGUAUUUUUACGCUAGUGUAAUUUUUUUUUCAUCGUGUUGCUAUGUAACCAGACAACAACAUAAACAGACCCUGUUUGUGACCUGCAGCACUAUGUCGUCCAGGUACUCAGCCAACCAGUAUGAAGGUGCCUUCCGGUCCCACAGGCUGCAGAACUGGUGUCAGGCCAAACCCUCCAAACAGAGACCUGCUGCCCACCGUGGUCACACCACCAUUAUUUCCAAUGACAGAGGACAUUUGCUUCCAGGAGUGGUGAAGCGGGGCAGCGCGUGGCCGGACUUCAGGGGCACCUGGGACCUCCCUGCCCGGAUCCCGGCCCAACACAUCAACCCCACCGCCCGGUCCCAGGAGGGCCUCCACAGGCUCCGGUCCUGGGGCCUGCAGCCGCAGCGCAGUGGCAGCUUCCAGCCACACGGGGGCAGCAAAGGCACAGAGUGUCUGCAGGAAGCGGCUGAGCAGAGCAGUGACGGCCCGCCGUCCCAGAGGAGCGUCUGUGAGAACGACGGAGUCCUGAGCGGGAAGCCGGGCUCUCCGUCUGAGAGUCAGGCCGCUGGUCCGGGUCCGGGCGCCGAGGCGGAGGAGGAGCUGCAGCAGCAGCAGAUCCACGGCAGCACCGAGCUCCAGGCGUUAGAUUCAGCCAAACAACAAUAAAAACACUCCAGCAGCAGCAGCACGUCGGACUGGGUCCAUCUGAUUCACACACACACACACAUAAUAAAUACAGUGCAGGUGACGGUUCAGUCCGCUGAGCGGAGUCAGGACUUCACACCGGGCAGCGUCCAGACGCCCUCGGUGGCCCACCUGCUCUGGAAGCCGAGGAUCCUGUCGCUUUACAGCUGAGAUCAAUCACAUGGAGCCAGAUUCAGGAUUAGAGAUCAGCUCUGUCAAACAUCAAACUCCCCAAAACUGAAAAAUGCACCUGAUCCAAUUUCUUUCAUGUGAUCUUAUUCAC